AUGCGGCUACUAGAAGCUCUUCCCCGAGAACUCAUACAGUACAUUUUAACCCUCCUCCCAACCAAAGCCAUCAAGUCCCUCCGCCUCACCAACAAGGCUCUGAAAGAAGCAUCAUCACCAUACCUCUUCCCCACCCUCUACCUCUCCUGCCAUCCUCUCGACCUCCAGGUCUUCCAGCUUGUCGUAGACAAUCCUCUUCUCGCCACCAACGUCCGCGAACUAGUCAUCGACGACACAUGUCUAGCCCCAUCCCUUGGAAAAUGGGACAAUUACCGUGCCAUGGCCAUGCGCGAGCAGCGCUUUUGGCCUCAGCGACGAAAGCCCUACUUCCCCAACGAUGAAGCAUUUGACGCAAAAGAACGGCAAUGGCCGCAGGAGCCCAAAAGAGAGUUUUACGAACUAUUCAUCAACACCAUGAAGCCGCACCAUGAGAACCUGGCCAGGGGGGCAGAUAUUGCAGCAUUGCAAGACGCCUUGCCAAAACUAACUUCAGUGAGGAGUCUGGUGCUGACGAACCGCACGGCGGAUGAGGCCCCAGACUCGGGCGCGCAGAGCCGUGACUCUUCCAGCCCGACGGUGAAGCAGUGGAGGCAAAUGGGCAGAGAGCACAAGGAGCGGCCGCCGUUUGCUCCCAGGUGUGACUGGUUCAAUGGAUGGAAACAAGGGCGCAUGGAUGAUUCCUGGGCAAGAGGGGAAAAUCUAAGCGAUGAGCUGCAAGCAAUGAUUGAUGAUUCAGGACGGCCAUACACCGAACAAGAGGAGCUACAGCAGGAGAAAUUGGAAAAUCGCAGCGCGCACGAGGAGGACAGCGACGAGGCGAGUGAUAAUCCAGCGGACAACUGGUGGCCAUUCACUCGAUGUCUCGCCAGAGAAACACGCGGCAUACACAUUGCCCUCAUUGCGUUACAACACGAACCGCUCCAACAGCGCCUCUGCGAAUUCCGCGUCGACGCCUCCAGAGACAUCAUCCGCGACCCCCCACAGCCAGAUUACUAUCAAACGGGCCUCGCAACCGCCAUAUUCGAUCCAUACUCCAGCCCCUUCCCAGACCGCCUCGCCUCAACGCUAGGAUCGUGCAGCAGCCUCGAAAAGCUGGCCCUCUCCAUCAGCAACGGCUACGGCGACACGCAAGGGGCGGAAGUCCUGCAAAGCGGAACCAUAGGCAGGGUGCUCACGUCAAUGAAGAACCUGCACGACAUGUCGGUGGAGUUUGCGCUGGCCCCGUCUUGGCUCGCAGUUCCCAGUGACUUCGUGUACCCCCGUCUGCGGAAGUUGAGGAUCGUCGAGUCGCAGGUCUGGCCGCGGAAGUUGAUGGAGUUUAUUCGUCGGCAUGCUGCAACGCUGGAGGAGGUGUAUGUGGAGCGGUGUACGGCGUUCCAUGAGGACGUGAGGAAUGUGUGGGACGAGGAUGGAGAUGAGGAUGAGGAUGGUGAGGUUGGGGAUUUGGCAUCCUUUGUGCGUGGUGUUAUUGAGUUUGCGGGGCGGGAGGAGAACUGUUUGGUGCCGGGGAAGGUUGUGCUGGACUCUGUGAUGGGGUAUCUUGCUGAGAAUAAGGUGGCUAUCGAUGAAGGUGGGAUGGUUGAUCGGUGGGCGAAAGGGAGGUAUUCUUGGACGUUUGGAGUUGAUGAUGGGCUUGUUGUGGAAAAGGUCGUGGAAUAA